UGCGUUUUGUGCGGCUAAGUUUGUCUAUAAAUACUGAAAUUGAUUCUUUUAUUCUUCGUUGUUGAACAUCUCUCACGUUUCUGCGCUAUAUCUCAGCGACUCCUUCACGCAAUCCUCACCGUCGACCCAACCCCGGAUGAAUUCCAUCAAAUUCUGCUUUUAGUCAAGGACUUGUACAGACCUUGGCGUCUUGGAGAAGUUGCUAAUAGUUUUAGUCAAGGGUGUAUUCCACCAAUUACUUCUACAGUUACAGUUCUUUGCUUUGAAUUUGUAGACCUGUGAUUUUGCUUUAAUAAAGCCAGAGUAAGCAUUCUGUAGAUUUGAAUUGGUAGCACAAAUAGAGAUUGAGAAGCCUCCUGUAGGAAAUAUAUAAGAGCUGCUUCUCUUGUGACUUACCUAGUGUUCAAGAUGGCUGGUGUGAAACGAAGAAUUCAUAAUGAUUCAGAUAUCCUUGCUUUGCAUAAAGAAUUGGAUGAAGUCUCCUGCCCUAUCUGCAUGGAUCAUCCACAUAAUGCUGUUCUUCUACUUUGCAGCUCUCACCACAAGGGUUGCAAACCUUAUAUAUGUGACACAAGCCAUAGGCAUUCAAAUUGUUUUGAUCAAUUCAAAAAAUUAAGAGAAGAAACUAGGAAGAGUCCACGCUUAUCAAGUCCUUUACCUAUUAAUCCAUAUAGUUUUAGUAAUCCUUCUACAAACAACUUGGGUUUGAGCAUUGAUUUGAAUGAAGUUGAUGAUAAUCAAAAUAUAAAUGAAAGGAAUACUGUUGCAUCUGCUGGAUUACCUGGUGUAGCUCUAGGGGAUAAUGGAACUGAAAAUUCUAACAGAACUGUUGACACAAAUGAGGCUGGAGAUGUGGACACUGCUGGUUCUGGGUCCAUAACUGAAAGGGUUGAUCAAGUAGGUUUGGAUGCUGGGAACUCAUCUGAGUACUUGAACUUGAAGUGUCCUAUGUGCCGAGGCGCUGUGCUAGGUUUGGAAGUUAUAGAAGAAGCAAGAGAGUAUCUUAAUCUAAAAAAACGAAGUUGCUCCCGUGAAACUUGCUCAUUCUCUGGCAACUACCAAGAGCUACGUAGGCAUGCUAGAAGAGUUCACCCAGCUUCACGGCCUGCUGUCAUAGACCCAUCCAGAGAACGAGCAUGGCGACGCUUGGAAAGACAGAGAGAAGUUGGUGAUGUUGUUAGUGCCAUUCGCUCAGCCAUGCCUGGUGCCCUUGUGGUUGGAGACUAUGUUAUUGAAAAUGGAGAUGGUAUUGUGGCGGGUGAGAGAGACAAUGGCACAGGUGAUGUCAAUGGGCCAUUGCUGACCAGUUUCUUUCUAUUUCAUAUGUUUGGAUCGGUUGAGGGUGCUCGAGAGCCAAGGCCACGCUCAAGGUCUUGGGUGAGGCAUAGACGCUCUGGAGGAGGAACACCUGUAUCAGAGCGACGGUUCCUUUGGGGUGAAAACCUUUUGGGAUUACAAGAAGAUGCAGAUGAAGAUUUCCGCAUAUAUAUCGGAAUGGGUGAUGAUGGAUCACCACCUACAAGAAGGAGACGUGUAACAAGGCCUGGAUCUGAUGCAGAUCAACCAUGAGAGAAUUCAUCUUCUGUGGUAAACAUCUAUGCCCUUGAUGUGAGGGAGAUUUGUUCCAAAUGAUUGGAGUGUGUUACAUUUUGCGUUGGUCUCAAUACCUAAAAAGGUUAAUUCUUAACCCCACAGGGCGGGCAUCCCAGCAUAGCACUAACCCAUCUUGUGGGGUCGUCUUGAACAUCAAGAAAUGUGUGCUUGUGAAUUCUCAAGGGUUCAGUUAGCCAUCGUCUUGAUGCAAAAUAGAGAGCCAGCAUUUGGCUCACACAGGAAGCAAGAAGAGGGAAGACCCAAUGAGAUGAAUAAAUGUCAUCUUUUCGAAGUUCUCAGGUGGAAUCAUUGUCUUUUUCUUUAUAAAGAUAUAUGGUUGUAAUUCUGUUCCUAAUCUAUGUAUAUAAUGGGGUGAUGAUUUCAUUUGUUUAAUUUGGUGUGAUGGUGGUUUUAAUUAUAUAUUCUGUAAGGUUAAUAGGCUUAUAUUUAUUUGUGGCUACUGAAUCUUCUGAAUGUAUGUCUUUUUCUUUAUUAUUA